UUAGUCAUUGGGAGAGUUUUGUUUGUGAGAAUGAGUCUUCUUCAGCUUCCUCUUCUUUCCCCCAUUUCUUGCUUUGCCUCCACAAAAAACAAUAUUCCUAGUUCUUAUCCUAAGUUUUAUGUUUUUUCCAAAAUUGCUAAGUCGUCGACUAAUUAUGUUCUAAACGGUUACGAUGACUUUGUCUUCCGACGAUCUGCAAAUUACCAACCUCCUAUUUGGAAGUAUGAGUUUGUUCAAUCGUUGACGAGUGAAUUCGCGGAUGAUAGAUGUUUAAAUCAAAGGGAUAUGCUAAUAAAAAGAGUGAAAAUGAUGCUCAACAAAGAACACCAUUGGUUGGUGAUAGUUUGAAAGGAUUGGAAGUUGUUGAUGAAUUGCAAAGGUUGGGAAUCUCAUAUCACUUUCAAAUGGAAAUAAAUCAAAUAUUAGAGAUUAUCAAUGAAAGAUUCAACAAUGAAGAAGAAGGUUUAGAAUGGAACAACAACAGAAGUUUAUAUGCCACAUCUCUCCAUUUUAGAAUUUUAAGGCAACAUGGCUAUCACAUCCCUGAAGACGUGUUCAAGGAGUUUAAGAAUGACAUAGAAAAUUUGGAUAAUAUUUGUGAGGUGAAAGCUAAAGGAAUGUUAUCAUUGUAUGAAGCUUCAUUCUUAGCAAUGGAAGGUGAAAGCUUUUUGGAUGAAGCCAGACAAUUUGCCGUCCAACAUCUUUCAAAAUACCUUAAAUCUAAUAAUAAUGAUCAAAUCAUUUGUACUAUGAUAAGACAUGCUCUUCAACUCCCAUUUCAUUGGAGAAUGCCAAGAUUGGAGGCUAGGUGGUUUAUCGAUAAUGUGUAUCAAACAAAACCCAACUCAAAUCCGGUGUUGUUGAAUUUAGCCAAAUUAGACUUCAACAUUGUCCAAUCCAUUCAUCAAGAUGACCUAAAAGAUGUCUCCAGGUGGUGGAAGAGCACAGGGCUUGGAGAGAAACUUGAGUUUGCAAGAGAUAGAUUGAUGGCUAAUUUCUUUUGGUCUGUGGGAAUGGGAUGUGAACCUCAUCUUCAAUAUCUUAGAAAAAUGUCUACAAAAAUUGCUUCGUUCAUAACAAUUGUUGAUGAUGUUUACGAUUUGUAUGGAACUUUGGAUGAACUUGAACUUUUUACCGAUGCUGUUGAGAGAUGGAAUAUCGGUGCAAUUGAUUCAUUACCAAACUACAUGCAAAUAUGUUUUAUUGCUCUCCACAACACCAUCAAUGACAUGGCUUUUGAUGCAAUAAAGGAUCAUGGAGUCAAUGUCAUUCCAUAUUUAAGAAAAAUGUGGACAGAUUUAUGCAAAACAUUCUUGAUCGAAGCAAAGUGGUAUUACACAAAUUACAAACCAACAUUUGAAGAGUACUUAGAGAAUGCAUGGAUUUCAGUAUCAGGAUCUCUUCUUCUUGUUCAUGCUUACGUCUUCACCACAAAUUCAUUAACAAUAGAGGCUUUGGAGUGCUUACAAUUUUAUCCAAAUAUUAUUCGAUAUUCAUCCAUCAUCUUUCGUCUUGCCAAUGACUUAGCUUCAUCUUCGGAAGAAGCAAAGAGAGGAGAAGUCGCUAAAUCUAUACAAUGUUACAUGAAUGACACGGGUGCUUCAGAACAAGAAGCACGACGAUAUCUUAAGGAUUUUAUUAUGGAAUCAUGGAAGAAAUUGAAUGAAGAAGUUCAAACUUUGAAUAAUUCACCAUUACUCUCCAAGAGUUUCAUUGAAAUUGCGUUAAAUGUUGCUAGAAUUUCUCAUACUGUCUACCAACAUAUAGAUGGGCACACCGUUGAAGAUCAUGAGACCAAGGAUCGUGUAUUAUCCUUAUUUAUCAAGCCUGCUUAAAUUCAUACUUUAAAAACUUCAAAAUAUUGUACAUUGUGGUGUACGAAUGAGUGCAGAUCGAUAUAUGCAAAAAGUACUUAGGAACAUAGUUGUGUGUACCAAGAAUAUUUUCUUUGUUUGGAAUAUAUCUAGAGUCCUACAUAUUUGUUGCCA